AUGCCAGGUGUCUGGAUCGAGCAAGGCUGGCGGGAAGAACGGGGGUUAAGGCGUGUUCUGCCGCCAAGCCAAGCCGGCCCCCGCCGGGGCGCGGCAACGCGCGCUGGGCAGCAAUUCCAACACAGAAAAAGCAGUAGGGAGGACGAGAGCGGCAGCGCCGUGGACCACAUGCUGGCCGCGUCCCUGGGCGAGAUGGCCGCGUGCGCCGUGCGCGUGCCCACCGAGGUGGUCAAGCAGCACGUAUAUCGCUACAGGUUCAUACAGAUGCGGAUGAGCGGUUGGGUAGACUGGGCACGGAACGCCCUGAAAUGUAACCCUGAAGGCCCCAGUGUUGCAACCCGUUUCACGGGCCACGCGCCGUGCCAGUACAAGUGGAACAGAGCUUUUCAAAAUAGCUCUGCAGGCCAUAUCACGUCAAGCAGAGACCACUGGCAGCCCCCGGAUGCUCCUAUACGAGCAAAUGAAUUUAUGGCACUCACCGUCAUUGACUGCCCCUAUCUCGCUGCUACCAUGGUCUCCAAGGCACUACCACCAAUUGCGCCUUGCAUCGUUCAGUUUGUCAAGUAG